AUGUGUGGGACUAUUGAUUUGUACUAUGCUUUAACUAACAAGGAGGAAGCAAAAGGAAUACUCCCAAAUCUAAGGUUCGUCAAAGAGACGAAUAGAAGAGAUUUACAUGAUUACAUAAUGUGGCAUAAUAUAAAUCACCUCACCAAAUUUUUGUCCAAAAAGUAUGAGGAUGCUUAUACUCCGGUUCUCAAGGUUAAUAACAGAGAAAAUGAUAAUGAUCUUAUUUGGAAAAAAUGCUUAAAAAUGAUUCCGGAUUUCCUGCAAAUCCCACUCAGUUCCCUUUACCUGAGAUACAAUAUCGAUCCUCGGGAUAAAAUUAGGGUUGAAGAAAUGGCUGAUAUUAUACGAGACACUUAUGUAAAAAGUUUUCGCCAAAAUGCUUGGAUGGAUGAAAUUACCAAAAAUAAUUCCAUCUAUAAGGUACAUGAUAUGAAAUUCAAAAUUGGUUAUCCUCAGUACAUAUUGGAUCCCACUGAAGUGGAUAAAGAUUACGAAGGAAAAAUGGAAGAAUUACCCUCACACAUAUGUUACAACCAACCUUCUAUGGGAAAACGAAAUAGAGCCUAUCUAUUUGGAGCUAUAGGAUCUAUCAUAUCCUAUUUUAUAUCUCAUAGCUUUAACCAUCCGAAUAGGGAAUUUAAAAGAAAUGGUGUUUGGGAAUCGUGGUUGUCGAACAAAUCAUUGGAAGAAUCUUUCAAAGAAUUACAAAAUUGUUACCGAGAUCAAUAUUCAAAAUACUGGAUUAAUGAUCAACAGGUGGACGGAAUUGAAACGAUAGACGCAAAUAUAGCAGAUAACAGUGGGAUUUUCAUGGCAUUACAAGCAUUGAAGAAUCGUCGGGAUAUGAAUAAUGUAAGAUAUACUUCGAAUUCCAAUAUAACUGAGGAUCAACUCUUCUUCCUAGCAUAUGCUCAAGCACGGUGUUCUAAUGAAACAGUCACCCCUCCUCCAACCAGCCCCUAUAAAUACAGAGUAAACGGGGUCGUUUCUAAUUUAAAAGAGUUCUCAGAUGCUUUUAGUUGCUCACGCGGAGACCCUAUGAAUCCUCCUAAGAAAUGUACCUAUUGGGAUUUUUAG